CAAAGGCGGCCGGGCGUGGUGCCUGUGCCCACCCCCCGCCCCUCGUCCGCCGUGUCGGCCUUCACGGGGUUGUUCACUAACAGCUCUUGCCCCGAUCACCCGUUCAGGCUACACGGGGUGAUCGAUGUCCUUCGUCAGUGGCCGUUGCGUGUCUCUGUACAAGACGCAACGUGAAGCUGGCUGACUGUUUGAGCUGCUGCUGCUGCGGCUGCUGUGGUUACCGGCGAUAAGUUGCAAACGCGAGACGCGGAAAAAACUCGGAAGAGCAGCAAGUCCAACAAGAACUACAACAACGACGACGACAACAACAACAACAACAACACAAAUAUCCUGAAGGCAAGCCACCGUCGGGGACAAGACGAAGACAAACUGGGACGAGAGAGGCGAAAUGAUCAAACUCUGAGCCACAGCAGCGAAGAAACUGUGUCGAGGAUGACGAGACGGCGAUAGGAGAAAGGAAACGCGACGCAGGGAAGUGGAUCUUGUGUUGCUACACGCGUGUGUAUUCAGUGUAACAUUAGGGGAAUACUAUUUUUACUCGCUAUUUUUUUUUAUUCUUCCGGAACGCUGCGAUGAGUAGGUAGGGCUGGCUUGGAGGUACGUUGGGAUUGGUCGGCGUAAGGCACUACCACUGCGACCGUGACCAUAUUAUUCCCGGAACGCACUUUUCCAGGUGCAAUUGAGCAACUGUGUAUUAUAAUUCAAGGGUAAAUGACUCACGGCGAGACCACUGAUGGAUAGCGACAGUGGUUGAAUGAAUGAAUGAGUGGUCAGAAUCAGUGUGGUUGUCAACAUAGAUCGCUUUUUGACAGAUUGAAUGGUAUUUUUCGUUCUCCACUAUCGGAUGCUUUGUUAUUGAUGUUAUAUAAAUUAUAAAAUAGUUUUUUUCUAAAGACAAGUCUUCGGGAUAUUUUAUAACAGUGAACGCUCAAAUGAAACACGUGUCCACUUUGCAGUAGAUGGCGCACUUUCAUGAGCAGUCGUAUUAAUGAUGACGAUGACGACGACGAUUCGAAUUGAUGUGGUGCCCGUUAGUUCUUAGCGUACGAAAGCAACUUUUGGUCUCGAACCGCUGCGUCUGUGCGAUGCGGCCUUCUCGUCCCGGCCUUCGCUGGGGGGUAGGCUUCAGAUGACGUUCAGCAAUCGAACCCGCGGAAGGCGUCAACAGCAAGCACACACGUUGAACUUCUUUCACACCGUACUUAGGCAAUCGUGCCAAUCGGAGGUGCGGGGCCUCUCUGCUGCAGUGAAGUCUCGAGAGCGAUAUCUACUCGAGUGCGUGGUGGGGUCUUCUCCGUGAACAUCAAGGACCGAUGUCAUUGUAACAUUUCCGACCGAACGGGUUUUGCCCGAGGUGUAUACGCAUUGCGAAGAUUGGCAUCGUGCCUCGAAGAGGAUGGAGUUCGAGUCACACGCUGAUAACAAACUCAUCUGUCGAUUGAUCCAUCUAUCUAUCUAAUCCUCCAUCCAUAAUAACAUCGAUCUCGCUAUCCAUUCAUUCAUAUAGCCAGCCCUUUAUGCAGCCAUAUAUAAUAUACAUAUCACCAUACAACUAUCGUUUUAUCCAUAUAGCUAUCUCAAUAGACACCUAUUCAUUUAUCUAGCCAUCUAUCUAUCUAUCUGUCUAAUCCUCCACCCAUAAUAACAUCGAUCUCGCUAUUCAUCCAUUAAUUCAUAUAGCCAGACAUCUAUCCAGCCAUAUAUAAUAUACAUAUCACCAUCCAACGAUCCUUUUAUCCAAAUAGCUAUCUCAAUAGACACCUAUUCAUUUAUCUAGCCAUCUAUCUAUCUAUCUGUCUAAUCCUCCAUCCAUAAUAACAUCGAUCUCGCUAUCCAUCCAUUAAUUCAUAUAGCCAGACAUCUAUCCAGCCAUAUAUAAUAUACAUAUCACCAUCCAACGAUCAUUUUAUCCAAAUAGCUAUCUCAAUAGACACAUAUUCAUUUAUCUAGCCAUCUAUCUAUCUGUCUAAUCCUCCAUCCAUAAUAACAUCGAUCUCGCUAUCCAUCCAUUAAUUCAUAUAGCCAGACAUCUAUCCAGCCAUAUAUAAUAUACAUAUCGCCAUCCAACGAUCCAUCUAUCGAGCCAUCCAUUAAUUCAUCUCGCCAUCCAUCCAUUCAUCCAUACAUACUUCUGUCGACAAUUCAACCAUCCUUGUUUCCACAUUCAAAUCCUCUGACUUCACCUGCGACUCAAGUGCAGCUCCGAGAUUUUUUUUGUUCAUGAAGACAAAACGCACACGACUGGACACAGCCCUGCGUGUUGAGCACGCACACACACGCACACACUCACACACGCACACACACGCACACACACACACGCACGCGCACGCACACACGCACACACACACACGCGCGCACACACAGCCACACACCCACACACCCACACAUACACAUGUACACACACACACAUGCACGUGCGUCCAGAGAAGUUGAAUGAAGAGCCAAAGUGCGCGGAAUGAAUUAACACGAGCGGGCAGGCGCUGCGUGUAAAACUCUGGAAUACUUCACGUGACCGGCGAGACGUGCCAUGAACCUAUAAUCGAAUCUACGAUGGAUAACAAAUAUAAUUAGCGGUUAAAAUACACAUAUAUAUAUACAAUAUAUAUGAAGAACCAGUAAUUUACCACAUUUGGAAGAUUUCAAAGCAUGGACAUUUCAUUCAUGUAAAUCUCACUGAACAUUUGCGAUAGAUACGUUCAUAUUUCGUCGUCCUUGCUGUUGAGCAGAUGAUAGACUUCGGUUGACAUCGCCACACCUGCAGACCAGCGAGUGUGAGACGUGAGAAAUGAGCACGUUACUCCUCGUACUCAUUGCCUCGUGGGCCUGCGUCCUGGUGCCAACCGUCCAAGACUCAUGCCCGGCACCGUCGAAUGUGUCGCGGAUGAACUCGUACCUGUGGAGCGUGUCACGGCACCCGCCCGCGUACCUCUUCGGCACCAUCCACGUCCCGUACACGCGCGUCUGGGACUACGUGGCGCUUAAUGCCAAGCGCGCAUUCUCCUCCAGCGAGCGCGUCUACCUUGAGCUCGACCUCUCCGACCCUCACACCGUCUCCGAGCUGGGCCGCUGCCAGCUGCUGCCCCGCGGGCAGAGCCUGCCCUCGCUGCUGCCCCGGGAGCUCUACCUGCGUCUGAAGCGUCACCUGGCGUACGUGAGACGGCGGCUGCUGGGAUGGGGGUCUCGGGAGGGGGGCAGUCGCAGGAGGGACCCCCUCCUCGUGAGCCUCUCGGGCGGCGAGUGGCGUCGCAAGCGCCCCAUCUGGCUCCUCCUGCUCCUGCCCUGGCUCAGUGAGGCGGCCCUCAGAGCCUCCGCACGGGAAGGAGGUGGAGGAGGAGGGAGUCACUCGCCCCCUCUGCUGGACGUGCACCUGGCGCGCGAGGCCGCGCGCGCGCGCAAACACGUGGGCGCCGUGGAGCUCGUCCACGAGCAGUGCGCGCCGCUCAACCGCCUGAGCACCGCGCAGGUGGUGUUUGCACUCAAUCAGUCGCUGUUGCAGCACGAGAGCGUGCGGGGCCUGUGGGAAGCGCGGGGAGGAGUGGGGGGCCCCUGGGAGGAGCCCCCCACUCCGAGCACGGAGCAGCUCAUCCAGCACUACAACUGCGGUGACCUCACGGCCUUCGUGUUCGGGCAAAACGCCUCGCAGCAGGCGGGGGAGGAGGAAGUGGUGGAGGAAGACGAGCAGCAGCAGCAGGAGCAGCAGGAGGAGGAGGACGUGUCGGCACAGACCGAGCGCUACUUCCGCACGGAGCUCAUCCAGAAGCGCAAUGAGCGUAUGGGGCGACGCGUGGCGGCCCUCCUGCACGCUCACCCCUCCUCCACCCUCUUCUUCGCCUUCGGGGCAGGACACUUUUUGGGGAAGAAUUCCAUUAUCGAUGUUUUGCGGCGAGAAGGUUUCCACGUGACACACACCCCUGCCAGCCAGCCCGUCGGAAGCAACGAAGACCUGGAUCCCGACUUCUUCCGCGGCAUUCCCAAGUCGAGCUCCGAGUGGAACGGGCAGGAGCAUUCAUCGGCGAUCCGGGACCCCUUCCUACUGAGUUGGGCUCCGCCGGGACCUCCUCCCGCCCCCCUCGGUCCGUCCUUUCAACCUGCCCGUGCGCCGGGGGGCGGCAAAAUAUCCAGCGGCGCCGGUGGCCACCGACAGGAGACGGCCUCGCGGAGACCCCAGCGACAGCACCACCAACACCGCCAUCAUCGUCAGCAGCAUCACCAACGGCAGCAGCAGCAGCAGCAUCGUCGGGAGAAGAAACGGCGGAGGCAGCAGCAGCAGCUGCUGCGAAAGAAGCAGCAGAGGAAAUUCAGCGACCUGUGGGUGCGGUUGUACGACAGCACCGCCAGUCCCCCCCCGGGGAUGCUCGCCGCACUCCCGAGCGACGAGCCGCCGCUGUUGCCGGUGUCGCCGCUCACCCCGCGGGGUCAUUGCACCGCCCGGCACCGAGGAGGAGCGCACGGAGCAGCACCGCCCACGCCCGCCGUGGUCGUCGCUGCGUCCCGGUCGCUGCCCGACCAACGAGUCCGCACCCUCGGCCUGCUCGCCUCGACGAGCCUGCCCCUCGCCUGGACACUUUUGCUGUAUUGAUAAUAAUGAGAGUCGUAGUUGGUGGUAGUGGUAGUAAACAAAGCCACACUGCCCACAAGCCACAAGCUUUCAGGUUUUCCGAAUUAGUUAUGGAGAAGCUAAAGGUGCAGCCCCUGCAAUUGCUCACUCACGUCACUGCUGGUGGGUGGGGAGGGGGGGGGUCUUCACUUGAGGGAGCGCAAGAGAGGCUGGGACCUAAACCAUCACACGGACUCCGGUGGUCAUCCUCGCAGCAGCAGCAGCGGCGGCAGCGGUAGCUUUCGGCUGGCCAUCGAGCAAAGACGGUCACUGCAUCGCGCGCUUUCAGAUGCCCUUCUGCGGCCGUCUGGAACGCUCUUCCUUCGGAUAUUAGGAAGCCACUGGAGCUAUGCAACUUUUAAAUCAUCAUCCAGAUUGAAAAUGAAUUUCUUUAGAACUGCUUUUUGUGCUUAGUUUGUUGUCCUUCCCCCGCACCUCAGAUGAGCACGGUUGGCUACGUACGGUGCGAAAGAAGUUCAACAAACACACGAAGUUCAACAACAUGCAUACUCUAGCAGGAUUUUGGUUUACUCUUCCAUGUUGGCCAGACGUGUUGGAAGAUGUGGGCGAACCAAAACGUGUUCUCACCACCACUGGCGACCUGCAUGGCUGGCUUGCGUACGGUGCAAAAGAAGUUCAACAUACGGUACAUACUACAUGGACUUGUUUUGACUCUUUUGUAGGGUUUGUCACCUUUAAAGGUACAACAACAAAAACAACAACGAACGUGGGCCACAUCACGGCAAAACGAAAAAUAUCUCGUAAUAGCGGAAGACGGAGCACUGCCUGCAUUGUCUUGAGUGGUUCAUUGUGUUGAGUGGUUCAUUGUUCUGAGAGGUCCAUUGUCUUGAGAGGUCCAUUGUCUUGAGAGGUUCAUUGUCUUGAGAGGUUCAUUGUUCUGAGUGGUGCAUUGUUCUGAGUGGUUCAUUGUGUUGAGUGGUGUAUUGCUGCUGUUAUUAUUAUUCUUAUUAUCGCGCUACUGUCAAAACCGGAACUCGUAUUGUGCUGGCAAGACUGACGGAUAUUCGAGGACAGCUGCUAACCUCAUCGACAGGAGGACGAUCACUGGGAAUAAAACCAGGAGAGGGUGGGCGACCUCUGCUCGUCACAUGGCUCGCGCCGUCUUGGACUUCGUCGUUUUUCCCGAGACGCGUUUUUUACUUUCUGAAGGGCACGUAGAUCGACACGGUUUGUAGAUCGACACGGUUUGUUGCUGUUGUUGUUGUUCCGUCGAAUUGAGAGGCGGGCUUUAGAGACACGGCGACGAUGGCAUCCCAAUAAUAACCGGAACAACGCUUCUCAGGCGAUGGUCCAGAGCAGCCGUCGCCGCGAAUGUAAAUACGACGGCCUGCACGUUGCGUUCCCGGAGAACAACGUGUGGUGGACACAACGAUGGCGUUAUAAAUGAGUAAUAUAUAAUGUGGGGAGGGGGGGGGCGGUGAAAGCGCAGACCCGCGAUGACACGUGAGAUGCGUACCCAGGCGACGGAGCUCCGUUCGCUCGGUCGCGUCCUAUCCAAUUGGUGUCCGCGUUACGACAAAAACUAAAACGUUUUCCCUUUGAUACCUUCAUUGCGUCGUAGCCAAUUGGCGUCGUGAAAACCACGACGCGCGUAUUCGGAGAGCAGUCUCUAGCGUGCCGUGGACUGACGAAUGGAUAAAGGCGCAGCCCUGCAAGUGCUUUGCUCGCGCCACUGCUGGCUCUCGAGAGCCACGAUUGUCGAGGCCGUUUUUGGCCUACUCUUCCGUACCGGCCAGAUGACUCGGAAGACGCCACCGAACUAUUAGGAGGCGGAGCAUCCAGUCCACCAACGCUGACCGGACCGUGGGAUUUUGAGAAAACGUUCAACCACUGCCUCAACUGCCCGUGCGGGAAGGAUAAAGGCGUUUUAAACACAACUGGAAUGGAAGUUUAGUGCUGCCCGCUGGUGCGAUUUCAACUUGUAAGAGGCCGAGAACGACUCAGAUGCCUGGCACACCCCUUGAUGACACGCUUGUCAAUAUGCAAACAAGAAAAUACAGCCCCCUUAUUAAACCACUGCUGGAUGGCGGCCUGCCUCCCCUGUGCAACGUCCGUAGUUGGGGGGGGGGGGGUUGUUUGACGGGACUUUACCAGUGCGGGACCAUUUGAGAUGUCGCUCGCCACGGGAGUCGGCUGUGGCUUCGAAAACCGCCGCGCCACCGCACCGCCCUUUGUUAGGAUGCGGAUCAUCUGAAAUCCCCGUGGAAGACAGUCAUCAAUCGUGGACAUUCUCGAGACAAUUUUGUUUUUGUAACGCUGGGCAAAGGUGGGUGGGCAAGGGUGGGGGUGGGGGGGAUUUAAAGAUCCUUGACCAUUUAACGGCCGAGAAAUGUGAUAGAAGAUGGAACCUCUGCAUCGCAAGUCCGGUACGCGCGAAGAAUCGUUACGCCAAUGCAGCAUACGCAGCGGUUAUUGUUGUUUGUUGUUGGUGUUCGUUUUUGUCAGUUCGCACCGCUGGAGAAAAAAGCCCCCCCAAUUCUCUCCCAACCUCUGAAUCUCCACCCCCCCGCCCCCUCCAGCCGCUUUCGUUCACUCAGUGAUGUAUUUUUUUAAUACAAUUUUUAACCACGCAAGGCCCCCACUGAGCGACGUUCGAUCUCCGUUGUCACGAAGCGACCCUAGCUCUCACCAACGAUAACUCGGCCAAGUGGCCGAUCAUCGCGUGUGCGGAAAUGUACAGCAGCCGGAAAAAAAAAGAACCACUCCGAGCAGCAGCCAAAUGUCUCCCGCUGUCUUCCUUCCGCUCCACCUCGGCUUCUCUCGGUUUCCACUCGGCAGUUAAUUUUCUGUCUCUCGUCAGCUGUUCCCGUGACGCGUUCCGCCCCAUUACCGCCCGAUUUCCUUUGCCGCAACUGCAGCGGCAUCACCGUUGACCUCCUGCUCUUUCCAUUUGUGUGGGGUUUUUUUUCAUUUCUUAAACCCAUCUUCUGCGAUGCAUUCCCAACACAAAAGUCAAAACGAUGCCCCGCUCGAAUAGACAAGCAGAUAAACAACAUCUCCUUCCCACGUAUUUUGUCUCAACCCGUGAGAAGUAAAGCGUGUAUUUUGAACGUAACCCAUCGGCCUCACGGCUGCCCCGUGGGAGUGCGUCAUUUCAACGGCACCGACUCAGCCACGAGCAACGAGGCAACGUUUACAGGCCCGAGGUAGCGGUGGAAAUUCCACAUUCCUAUGACGGGCGGGCGGGCACGAGGGGGGUGUGUGAGUCCCGCCGUAGGACAACCACUGCUCACUUCUCCACAAAUUCGGUACUCAUUUGAUCAACCUUGGACGGAUGUUGGGCUGAGUCAACUCCCUGCCAGGAUUUGAACUCGCAACCUUCUGACUGUGAGCCGCGCUCCGCUGCAGCGGAGAGCCACAGAUAAAUAGGGGGCGUCACGGUGGCAAGAUGUUAACUACCUCGCCUGGUACACGGGAGGUCGUGGGUUCGAACCCAAAACCUGACGCCUGCUGUAUAUUUGGAGUUUGCGUCUCUCUUUCUCUCAUCAUCAGGGUGUCGAGAUGUUAACUUCCUCGCCUGGUAUACAGGAGGUCGUGGGUUCGAACCCAAUCCUGACGCCUGCUGUAUAUUUGGAGUUUACGUCUCUCUUUCUCUCUUAUCAUCACGGUGUCGAGAUGUUAACUACCUCGCCUGGUACACAGGAGGUCGUGGGUUCGAACCAAAUCCUACCGCCUGCUGUAUAUUUGGAGUUUGCGUCUCUUUCUCUCAUCAUCAUCAUCAUCAGGGUGUCGAGAUGUUAACUUCCUCGCCUGGUACACAGGAGGUCAUGGGUUCGAACCCAAUCCUGCCGCCUGCUGCUGUAUAUGUGGAGUUUUCGUCUCUUUUUCUCCCCGUGGUGGUCGCGUGGAUUUUUUUCCUCCGGGCUCCUCCGGGGUUUUCCACCUCCCACAUUUGAAAUCGACAGCGCGCAUUGUAAGAGCAAUUUGGCUGCCGCGAAUGUCCACGAAGCCGACGCUGUCAUUUCUGAUAGGUCGCUUCUGACAAAAGAGGUUUCGGAGCUCAGUUGGGGGCCUUACUUGGUAAAAAAAUAUAACUUGGCAACACAACCUGUGAAGUGUCGGACGAACCAACCGGUGCAUUUUUUGUUUUGGCUGAGCGCUGGCUGCCUUGUCAAGCUGCGAGCGCGAGUUGCGAGCGGCGAGGGUGCGUGCCAGCCCGACGUGCUGCGAACGAGCCGGGGUCACGAGGGCUCGGGGUCUUUUGUUCGUGCGGGUUUCAACGCUUUGUUGCAGAGAGAGAGAGAGAGGGAACGGCUGACCUUACUUCACAACGACCCCCCCCCCCCCACUGCUCCUCCCCCA